AAAUUGAAAAAAUUCAGAAGGGUGAAACAACAAAGAAGGAUGAGGAAGAGAACUACCUGGAUUUAUUUUCCCACAAGAAUAUGAAACUGAAAGAACGAGUUCUGAUACCUGUCAAACAGUACCCCAAGUUCAACUUUGUUGGAAAGAUUUUGGGACCUCAAGGCAACACCAUCAAACGACUUCAGGAAGAAACUGGUGCUAAGAUAUCUGUGCUUGGGAAAGGUUCAAUGCGAGAUAAAGCAAAGGAGGAAGAACUGCGUAAAGGGGGAGAUCCUAAAUAUGCCCAUCUCAAUAUGGAUUUGCAUGUCUUCAUUGAAGUUUUUGGACCCCCUUGUGAAGCAUAUGCUCUGAUGGCUCAUGCCAUGGAAGAAGUCAAGAAGUUCCUUGUUCCAGAUAUGAUGGAUGAUAUCUGUCAGGAGCAAUUUUUGGAGCUCUCCUAUCUGAACGGUGUACCAGAGCCAGCUCGUGGCCGAGGAGUCCCUGUGCGGGGAAGGGGAGCAGCUCCACCACCACCUCCACCUGUUCCAAGGGGACGUGGUGUUGGUCCUCCCCCUCCUCCUCCUCCUCCUCCUCGGGGUGCCCUUGUGCGAGGAGCCCCAGUGCGGGGUGCCAUUGCCAGGGGAGCAGCUGUAGCCCGUGGGGUUCCUCCCCCCCCAGCAGUACGGGGUGCUCCUGCACCCAGAGCACGCGCAGCUGGCAUCCAGAGAAUACCGCUUCCUCCUCCUCCUGCACCAGAAACCUAUGAUGAAUAUGGCUAUGAUGAUGCGUACGCAGACCAGAGCUAUGAGGGGUAUGAAGGCUACUACAGCCAGGGCCAAGGGGACACAGAAUACUAUGAUUAUGGACACGGGGAGGCACAGGAAACCUAUGAAGCUUAUGGGCAAGAUGACUGGAAUGGAACCAGGCCCUCCCUGAAGGCCCCGCCGGCCAGGCCAGUGAAGGGGGCCUACAGAGAGCACCCAUACGGACGUUAUUAAAAAAAAAAACAAACAUGAGGGAAAAAUAUCAGUUAUGAGCAAACAGUUGUUACUGAUUCUUGUAUCUCCCGGGAUUCCCGUUGCUUUACCCACACCAGACAAGUAAUUGUCUAACUGUUCUUCUUCGUGGCCCUUUUUCUCCCACUCCAUCCUCACCCCUGCAUUCUGGCUUCUGUACGUAGUAUUUUAAAAAUUAGUUAAAUAGAUUUAGAGGACCGACUUUAAUUUUAAUUAUUUUUCUUUUUUUUUUUUAAAGUGUGUUAGAUGGCUUUUCUUUCUUUGUUGUUGUUUAGAUAAACACAACUGUACCUUUUUUAAUAAAAAAAAAGAAAAAAAAAAAAAAGUUGAGUUAAAAAUGUUAGUUUCCAAAGUGACAUGCUUUGCUUAGCAGUUAUGAAAUUAAGGUUUUGUUAACCUUUUAAAGUUUGGUUUUUAAGGAACCCAUAAAAGUUGUAGUUGCAGAAUCCCAAAGUAGGCUACAUUUCAAAAUUCAGGGCUGUUUGUUUUUUUUAAGCAUUAAAAUCAUAAUGUAACGGUAGUAGUUGCCACCGUUUAAAAGUAACCUCAGAUGUCAAACUUUUCCUUAAAAGCAGAUUGCUGGUGAAUCUCAAGUUUAAAUUUUAAUAUGAAGGAUCCUCAAACAAAUUAAAUAGCAUUUUUUUUUUUUAAAAGUAAUUGACUUAAA